AUGAGUGAUUUUGAAUUAAUUUCAGGCUCCAGUGAUCAGUCCGAAUGCUAUUCGACGAAUCAAUGUCAGACACUGCAGCACAACUGUCAUUGGAAUGCGUUUUGUAAGGACUUGCCAGACGAAGCGUUCGAAUGCAUAUGUCAGCCAGGAUUUCGCGGCAACGGCACUUACUGCGAGGACGCGUGCAUCGAUUUCUGCUACAACGACGGCAAAUGCCAGAAGAGCGAUAUCGGUGACGUUUACUGUCAGUGUAAGGAGUCGUUUACGGGUAAGAGGUGCGAGGUCCGUUUUCAACCGAGUCAACACAAGGUCGCCUAUAUCGCCGGUGGCGUCAGCGGAGUCGUCGGAGUCCUGAUCGUCAUAAUCAUCUUGGUGUGGAUGAUCUGCUUCAGGUUCCGAAAAGGCUCAACAGCAGGGUCUGAUUCGGCCGAAAACUUGCCUUCGCCAGCAAUGACCCGCGGUAACGAGAAAAGUGCUGUUGGCCUGGUUGGCGAUCCUAACUUCACGUUCGGUCGUGCAUUCUCUGACCUUUCUCGCACCCCUACUUAUUACUACGACGAUGAAGAGGACUACGGCACGAAAACAAUGUACAUAAGCGACGGCGUGGACGAAAGUGAGUAA